AUGUCCUUAGGACGUAUGACGGCCUCUCUCGCCACCGGCAUCGCCGAGACCACCGCGGCGCUAUUUAACGUGAAUCUCGACUUCUCACUAGUCAGGAUCGAAGCGCCGCGAGAAUUCUCACCGAUCGGAGCGGCGCUGUCCUCGCUGCGACGGGAAUCAGCAGAAAGUGGCACGGUGCACACGACUGCGCGCAAACUCGGGGCCUUGUUUGAUUCCAUUCUCCCCGAAACGCCGGAUCUGAUCAAGGCGUACGGAUCCAGAGCCUCGGAGAUCGCCACGAUAUCGCAGAUCAAGCAUCAUACGAACUAUGGCGUGUUUCAGAGCCAGGUGGGCAUCGAUGCCACUAGUAUUUGGGCGUCGGCGACUUCCGGUGAAGGUGCAAUUAAGGCACACUUGCUGGCAUGCAUACUCGCUCGGGUGUGGGAUUCAGGCGAGGCAACCGCGGUCUGGGAGGAGAUCGUGGAGACGCAGAAAAAGAUCGUGAUGGAGAAGUUUAAUGAAGGGGGGAGUGUGGAUAUGAUGUCGUGGAUGGUGGCCAAGCAGAAGAUAGAUCGGAAGGAGCUGCGGGAUUGGGAUGCCAGUGCCCGGGCAUGGCUUUGCCUUGCGGAUAAGGUCAAGGAGGAGCAGCAGAGUCGAUUCUGGCUGGCUCUGGACCAGUUUGACCUGAGGAUGACCAAUCGAUCCGGGCUCUACGAUGCUGUCAUUGAAGUGUGGAAGGAUGUGUUGGAAGGACUGGAGCUCCUGGUCAAGGGCUCCUCUCUGGAACUGCGGACUGUCAAUCUUCUCCUCGGGUUGUCUGCGCUGCAUCUGUACCCAGACAUGGACAUCGUCACCAAGAAGGAGCCCAUGGUUCACCAGAACGAUCCCCUCGUUCCCGGCAUAUUGACCGUGGGACUCUCGCGCAGCUGCACCGAUGGCGAUGCCGGGAUUCGGUGGUCUUUGCCACUGGCACAUCUGCAGUACUACGGGAAGCCGAUUCAUCGGAGCAAGCUGGUGCGCGCAGAAGGGUCCCGAUUAACGUUACACCAAUUCUGCCAGGUCCUUCUAGGGUGCGUCCUAGGAGGAUGGGGAGUGGACCCUCGCCAAGUGCAGAUCGCUCUGAAAUGGAUUGUCGAGCUCGACAGGAAUGUCAAAACCGCCAUCAUUGAACAUUUCAAAGCCUCGCCGGCAAUCGAUGCGCAUAAAUCGUGGUUGUCCGUCUUAAGCGAGGCUGCCCAGGAAUACCUCUUCGCCAACGACUUCGAUCGGAGAGUGUUCGCAAGGCUGAUCAAGCUUGGCUACCGAAAGGUCGGUUUCUUGGGAAGGCCAGAGAAGCCAUUUUUUGGUCUUGGGGAGCCGGAGGCCUUCUUACAUCUUCCCACCGAUGUCGAAGCCAAGAUUCAGGUUCUCCGUACUGUGGCGGAGAAUAGCCCCUUUUCAGCAACGGAUUUGGUCAUUAGAUAUCGACCGGCACCUGGGGCAAAGUUUGAAUUCACCACGGCUCUUCCGAGAGCCAAACGAAAGCUUGAUGAGCCUUAUCAGCCUACCUAUGUUCGCUGGGUGGAUAUUUCGCGACUGGACGAACAGCAGCGACUGCAGAAGAACGACCAGGACGACUACUAUUACUCUCGCACGAACAACAAUGGCGAGAAAGUCGGGGUUGAGAUACUCAAGCCCAUCGACUGUGAGAUCAUGCGAACGUUCAAAUUGGACGGAGUCACGGCUGUCCAGUGGGACAUUCCUGGGGCAGCCGGACGUUUAAAUAACUUUAAAUUCUGGCUUGGGGAUGAAAGCCAAGUGGCGCUUUUCAACGCCCAGGAUACCGUCUCUGCUCCGCAUCAUCUCAACAUCCAGUUGAAAGACCUGGUGCAAGUCUUUGAGCAGGGUCAGCCACAACCCGGAGACUUGAUGAUUGCGUUUGACCACGCGAUCAAGGCGAUUGGGAGCGAGCAUUUGAAAUGCCUGCGAGCUAUAUCGACCAUGGUCAAUCUGUACAAGAUGUUUCUUGGUGCAGCCAUUGAUGUCAAAGUGAUUGAGGGCUUUCUCGGAUCCCGAAGUUGGGUCAAGUCAUCGGUCGAAAGGGGGGAUGUCCUCCCUCUAGACAAACUGCCGCUGCGCACCUGGGACGCUGUCGACCCUGCGAGUAACAAUGACCCCGAGGAGGAGGAGGAUCCAUUAUCCCACGCUGCCUUUCCCAGUAAUCCCACCUUCCCGGUGGACGAGAUGGACGUCAUGGGCGAGAUGAUCUCUGGAACGAUAGAAGAGCCUACGGAGUUUGAGAAGGAGAUGCACAUGCGAUUGCUUGAAGCCAAGACGAGUAGCUCGAUUGGAAUCAUCGCCGAGCCAUUCGCUCCAGAAAAUGAAAGUUCCGAAACCUCCGACAACUCUGCUGAAGGGAUCGAAAUGGGCCAAACCGCCCUCUCUCUCGAAUAUAUCGGUCUCCAACUUUCAAGGCUCCUAGGUCCUUUCCACCUGAGUCGAAGUGAAUCAUUCGCAUGCACCAUCCUAUUCGAGUCAGGACAGUACGAUAUACCACCUGGAAAACUGGAAGAUGUCAUGGCAGUCUCCAGCAACGACUCGCUUUUCAUUGCCGGCCCUAUGAUCUGCACCCCAUCGGAACAACCAUCAUCUGACGAAAUCCACCGAGUCACUGGAAACAUUGGGAAAGGAGGAAUCGCGCUCCUGAUUUCCCCAGCAGAGCCCCGUGUUCGCGAGAGCGCCAAUGACACCUGGACCCUGUGCAACCAUGAUCCAUGGGACGGGAUAUUUCUAGACUUUUUCGGCGGGACCUCUUUGCAUCUCUCAUACACUGGAUACAACAUCCCCCUAGACGUUGGAAUACAAGGCGCACAGGACUGGGAGAUCUAUCUGCUCGAGUCAGUGGUGAGUGUACACGAACGAGGCGAAUGGGUAGCAGACUUGGAUAUUCUGCGAGCACUGCAAAGUCCACUACUAGUACGGCACGCGCAGCCUGCGACGAGUGCAUCGAACCUCGAUAUCACGGCUCAGGCGGGACAGCGGAACCAACUGACGCUCUGCACAAAGCAUAUUAGACCCGAGGGCGAAGAUCCCCAUGAGUGCCAGCCCAGUGAUCUUGUCGCGCUUCAGAAUUGGUCGGAGUUUCUCAAUAGGCCUCAGGGGGCAGUCAUCCUGCUGGCGAACUAUAACUGGCAGGCUCAGCUGGCAGCGGCGGCCAUUACAGUUGCCCAGGGUCACUCUGCCUACGUGAUAAAAGAAGACAGUUGCUGUUACUGUGUCACUGAGGCUGUUCAUGCUGGGAAGACAAAAAGCCCUGCGUCGACUGUGUGCAUUGCUUAA